ACUUUUCGCCCUGCCAGUCUGUGGCACUUCGUUUUUACAAUCAGUCGAGUCAAGUGAUUUGCCCAAAAAUGAAUACCUACGACGAGGUCUUGUCCACAGUGCUGGACAAUUUGCUGGCAUCCAAGAACUGUGAGGUGGUCGACGAAGUACUGCGUCAGUCGAUGCUGGAACUUUUGCGUGGCAGAUUCCGUGAGAUUGCCAAUCGGACCACCAAUUGGUCCAAUCACGCCGGUCGCUGUGCACCCAGCUACUUUGAUCUGGAGCGCACCUUCAUGAGGAUGAACAUCAGGGUGGGCGAGCUCAAGGCCAUGUACGAGGGUCAACCGGAUUCGUUGGCCUUGGUUGAGUGUAAACCACCGGAGACACAAGACCAGGACUUCCACAGUGGGCCACCACCCAUGCUGAGCUCCACAAAGGCCAUGGUAUUGGCCUCCACCACGUACAUUCCGGACUAUUUGCCACCAUUUCCAGGAGCGCACACCUAUAAGAAUUCGCCCAUUGAGAAGGUUACGGAUCGCAGUUAUGUGGCCGUGAGGAAUCGCCAUGCCGAGAAUGAGCUGAGCACCCAAAAGGCUUUAAAUCAAUACUACCUGAGGUGCAACCCCAAUAUAUCGCUGUUCGAAGAAACCCAACGCGAUGGAAGUGGCCACGUUUUGGAUUUGGGUCUGCCCAAGAAACUUCCUUAUUCGGACGCCCUGAUGCCGAGAAAUGAGGUCUUUGAUACGGACAUCUAUGCUCCCAUCGAGGUGAUAACCCAUAAAGCCCUCGACUGCCGUUUCUUGGAGAAGCCCAAGUUGCACAGUUCACGCCCAUCCCCUGGAAAUUUCGAAGACGAAGACGUGGAAAUGGAGGAGCGCUGCAGUCCAGGCGGACUAGGGGUUGAAAAACCGAAUUAAGCUGCAGCUCAGGAAGAGGUGAAAAGCACACGAAAUGUUUCCAUUGCCAGACCAAGCUACUCCACGGAAUAAAGUGUGAAAAAAAUUAAUUUAUUUCA